AUGGGGCCCCUGGGCAAUAGGGGAUCAUGGGGCCCCUGUGUCCUUGCCCAAACUCAAAAAAGCCUAUGAAAAAGGUACCAGGGGCAUCUCAUGGGGCCCCCUACUGACCCCGGGCCCUCAGGCAGUGCCAGAGUUUCCAAAUGGUCAGUCCGCCCCUGAUACAGGAUUUAUAUAGUGCCAACAGUUUGCUCAGCGCUUUACUAUAUAACCGGAGACAAUACAGCCACAAUACAGUUAAACCCAACAAGAGGGUUAGGAGCGCCCUCCUCUUUGGAGCUUACAAUCUAUGUUUUUAUAUAUAGUGAUAUUCAUCUCCAGCUACUGAUGAAGUGUAUAAAAUCCAAGAAAUGCGUUGAGCUUUUUAAGAGUUUGAAUAUAUAAUCUGUAAUGUAUUUUA